CCUAUCAGCUCCCGUUGCCAAUCUCAUCACUACUGUAGCAUGAUCCACAACGGCAGUUCAUGAGAUGCCCAUCUCGCUGCCGUAGGAGACUACACGCAGUGCUAAGUAGUAGACUGCACAGCACACACGCACGUACGUAGCACAUACAUACUCCUCCGUAAUGGCGCCAAUCUCUGCAGCGGCGGCGCUCUUGGCGAUGGCGGCGUUACAGCUCUCGGCCGCAGCAACUGCGGCUCAUGAUCCGUCACCGGCACCAAUAGGGCUGCCCGGCUGCAACACCAGCUGCGGCAGCGUGAGCGUGCCGUACCCCUUCGGGUUUGGGCCCUCCCACUGCUACUGGCCGGGGCUCAACCUCACCUGCGUCAGCAGCAGCAGCAGCCACCAGCCCCCACGGCUGCUGCUCGGCGACGGCAGCCUCAGGGUCUCCGAGAUCUCUCUGGACAACCAAACGGUGCGAGUCAUGCGCGCCGGCUCCAUCAUAAACACAACCGGCGACCUAACCUCACCCGCCUGGAACGCCUCGCUCGAUUUCGGCCGCGGCUUCAGGGAGCACGGCUACCUGCUGUCGCUCCAGAACGAGCUCGUCGUUUCAGGAUGCAACGUGAUGGCGACGUUUUCCGCGGACAUCGUCGGCGAAGAAACCAGCAAGAUCGUCAGCGGCUGCGCCUCCUUCUGCACCAAGAGCGACCACGAGGUCGGCUUCAUAGAUGACCACCGCGAGGUAACAAGCAAGUACUGCACCGGCACGUCUGGCUGCUGCCUGGCGCCCCUCACUUCUAGCGGCGUGCCCGUGCCCAAUGGAGUACAGGCCAGGUGGCUCUACAGUGGCAACCACACCGUGGAGCAGACAACUGUGCCGGUAAUCGUGUUCGUCGCGGAGCAGGGGUGGGUCGACAGGGAACACCAGGCGGACGGAUUUGAGGAAGCCCCCCUUCUCCUCGAUUUCGGGGUCAAGCUGGGCUUCCCACAACUGCAAGGAAACAGCAGCUCUGAUUGCCCACAGGACGUACAGCGCAGGCUCUGCAAGAGUGAACACAGCUUUUGCAAUGCUUUGGUCCAAGGCUAUACGUGUCAGUGCGGGUAUGGCUACCAAGGCAACGCUUACAUCGCCGGCGGGUGCCAAGAUGUCGACGAGUGCAAGUUCGUGGAUGAAAAGAGAGUGUGCUACGGUGUAUGCAUCAACACGAUCGGAUCAUACGAUUGCCAGUGCCCGCAAGGAACAUACGGUGUACCCGUCGUAGAAGGUGGCUGUGUUGAUUAUAAUUUCAACAAAGAUGCGCUGUCGCCUACGGUGGCUCCGGUGCCCACAGGGCUGCUCGGCUGCAACACCACCUGCGGCGACGUGAGAGUGCCGUACCCCUUCGGCUUUGGGCAUCCCGGCUGCUACUGGCCGGGGCUCAACCUCACCUGCGACACCAGCCAGAGCCAGCUACCCCCCCGGCUGCUUCUCCCCGGCAACGGCAACAGCACCCUCCAAGUCGUCGACAUCUCCUUGCGCAACUCCACAGUGCGCGUCAUCCAUCAUCGCGGCAGGGCCGAUUCGACGACCACCGGCACCGACGUCGAUCACACGGUGGCUUACGAUAACAUCAGCCCCGGUAUCACCAGUUACAGCAGCCUGGUGACUGACAUUCGCGUCCCAUCAGACAUCGUCGAGCCUUAUGCGCUUUCGACGAGGAACGAGUUCAUCGUCAUCUCCGGGUGGGACGUGCGUGCCAGCCUCUACGGGCAGUACAGAAUUAACGGCGCCAGCAGCAACACCACUGACAGUAUCAUCAGCCAAGCUGUCUGCAGCAGCUCCGGCGGCGGAGGUCUUGGUUCUGGUGGGCCGCCGCCGGUCCCAAGCCCAACACAAACCCACGGCGGGUACUGCUCCGGCCACGAUGGCUGCUGCCGUGCGCCCAUCUCUGCAGGUACCGCGCCCAAGAGAGUGGAAUUCAAAGCGCUUCGUAAGAACAUCACUCAUUAUUAUGGUAAUUGGUCGUGGAACUUCGCAUUGGCGUCCAUCUCCGAGGUGGGCUUGACUGAUCAGUGGCACAAGAUCUUCAACAUGAAUGAUGGGAUCAUCAGUUACACGUCAUCUCCCAUUGUUCUACAAUGGGCCGUUAAGAAAGGCUUGCCAGCGGCAGCGCCUUCUGCCGACAACUCAGGCAAGUGCCCAGCGGACGUGAUCAGCCGCCUUUGCAAGAGUGAGAACAGCGACUGCCGGCGAGAGAAUGGAGGCUUUACGUGCCACUGCUCCAAGGGAUACGACGGCAACCCUUACAUCGCUGAUGGAUGCAAAGAUAUUGAUGAGUGUAACGACCCGACCCUACGCAAAUCAUGCUUGGGCGGCUACUGCAACAAUUUGCCUGGAGAAUACGAGUGCCGGUGCCCGCGAGGAAUGCACGGCAACGCUUAUGCGCCGGGCGGUUGCAUCGACAACAAGUUCCCGACAGGUUUAGUUAUUGGUUUGUCAGUUGCUAGUGGCCCGGCGCUGUUUCUGCUGGUUCUGGGUGUAUGGUUUCCACUCCGCAAGUUUAAACAGCGCAGGAUAAAAGUACAAAAACAAAAGUACUUCAAGCAAAAUCGUGGGCAAUUGUUGCAACAGCUGUUGUCCCAGAAGGCAGACAUUGCAGAGAGGAUGAUAAUACCAUUGGAUGAGCUUGUAAAGGCCACAAACAACUUUGACAGAGCUCGUGAGGUUGGUGGCGGAGGCCAUGGUACUGUUUACAAAGGAAUCCUAUCAGACCAGCAUGUCGUGGCCAUCAAAAAGUCAAAGAUUAGCAAGCAGAAGGAAAUAGAUGAGUUCAUAAAUGAGGUAGCGAUCCUCUCACAGAUCAACCAUAAGAAUGUGGUCAAACUCUUUGGAUGUUGCCUAGAAACUGAGGUGCCAUUGUUGGUCUAUGAGUUUAUUCCCAAUGGUACCCUUUAUCACCAUCUUCAUAUCGAUCGACAAAAAAGCUCACUAUCAUGGAGCAACAGGUUGAGGAUUGCAACUGAAAUAGCUACUUCUCUUGCCUAUCUGCACUCAUCAGCUUCGAUCCCCAUAAUCCAUCGAGACAUCAAGUCUAGUAACAUACUUCUUGAUGAUGCAAUGACAUCAAAGAUAUCGGACUUUGGAGCUUCAAGGUACAUUCCAUUAGACAAAACAGGGUUGACAACAAGGAUACAGGGAACAUUGGGAUACAUGGAUCCAGAAUGCUUUUACACAGGUCGUUUCACCGAAAAAAGUGAUGUUUAUAGCUUUGGUGUAAUUCUCGUGGAGCUACUCACUAGGAAGAAACCAACUUGUUCAGAUUUGUCCAAUGAAUGUGGUGGCCUUGUUCCUCAUUUCGUUAAUCUACAUUCCUCUAGAAAUCUUAUCCAGAUAAUGGAUCCACAGGUUAUAGAGGAAGGAGGCGAAGAAGUACAACAAGUUGCUAUGCUUGCAGCAUCCUGUAUAAACAUGAGAGGUGAAGAAAGGCCAACGAUGCGACAUGUUGAACUUAGACUAGAAGGACUUCAACAAGGUUCCAAUAAAAAGUACAAGAAAGGUAAUAUCGUAAUGAAGGAUUUCGAGAAUAGUAGCAACGGGGCAAACUAUUCAUCAGGGAUUAGUGAAGGGCAUAGUUAUGAGGAAUCUAGUAGAAGAUACAGUUUGGAGCAAGAGAUGAUGAUGUCGGCAAGGUAUCCUAGAUAGCAUAGCUCUAUGUCAUCUAUAUUAGCACAAGGAAUUUUUUAAAUUCUACGAGUACUUGUAUGCAUGUCAAUUCAACUAUAUCUCUAUUUGUGCCUUUCUCUUUGUUUUGUUCAUAUUGAAAGGAACAUGAAUGCUUAAGAGGGUAAAUUAGGACAA